GGCCGGAGUAACUGGAGUAAAUACAUAUACGUUCGUAAACUCUUAUCAACGAUAAAAAAUAGAACGAAGGUAUUUUGCUAUUAAUAGACACAAACAGUAUCACUGCGAUAUAUACCGUUCACGGAGAGACAGCUCUCUCAAAUUCUAAUUAAUGAUGGCAUCGGCAAAUAAACAGGGACCAAAGCAAGAAAUCAUCACUGAAGUUAAGACAGCUGAUAACCUGAAGAUCGAGGACUGCGACUAUGUACGGUUUACCAUGAUUGACUUCCAUGGCAUUGGGCGAAGCAAACUCGUUCCAAAGUAUAAUGUUGCAAAGUACAUGAAGAACGGCAUCGCCUACUGUUCGUUUAUAAGUGUUGCUAGCGUCACAAAUACGCAGAUAACGAUGAUACCCGAGAUUGUAAACACUGAGAAAAACUUCUUAGUUGUUGCUGAUCCGACGACGUUCCAUUCCGUGCCAUGGGCGGGCCAGGGCAAGGUUAAGAUUGGAGAAGUGUUAUGUAAUUCUUAUUGGGCGAAAGACGAACCGGCGCUUAAUAUCGACACGAGGGCAAUAUGUCAGAAGCAACUGUCAAAGCUGGACAGUUUGGGGUAUGAGUUCAUGUCAACCUCCGAGAUGGAGUUUCAAGUUUUUAAGCAAAACGGCGAGCCAGUCUAUGAAGGAAGGGACUACAUGAUCAAUGUUCGUACUACUGAAACGGAGGAUAUAUGGCUGACAAUCGAUCAGUACAUGCAAAGGAUGGGAGUUCCCAGUGAGUAUUUUGAAGUGGAGUUUGGUAGAGGGCAAUUUGAAUACGCUCUUAUUCCUCAGAUGGGUAUCAAAGCCGUUGAUAAUAUGUUUCUCUUUAAAAAUGGGGUCAAAGAGAUCAUGAUACAGAAAGAUUUAAUCGCAUCGUUCAUGACCAAACCUCAUAACGUAAUAGACAUGUACCAGCACGUAAAUGGCCUCCAUAUGAAUCAUUCCGUGUGGACGAAGGAUGGUCGAAACGCUCUUCAUGACUCCAAGGCCGACGAUAAUCUUUCUGAGAUCGCCAAAUACUGGUUAGCUGGUAACAUCAAGCAUAUGGCCGCUCUGACUGCUCUCUGCGCCCCUACUGUUAACUGCUAUCGCAGAUUGCAUACCGCCGGAGUCCCCAACAACGCCAAUUGGGGAAUAGAGAACCGACUUACAUCGAUACGAGUGAAGAACUACGAUGAAAAAGCGACGUAUUUUGAGCAUCGUCUACCUUGUGGCUCGACAAAUCCUUACCUUGCUAUUGCGGGUAUUGUGGCCGCUGGGAUCGAUGGAAUCGUGAAUAACCUUGAGUGCCCUCCUCAACUCGAAGGCGAUUCUCUCCCGAUGACUCUAACAGAUGCUAUUAAGGCUCUAAAGGCAGACAAGUACAUGGUCGACGCACUCGGUGAAGAUUUCGUUAAUUGGUGGUCCCAGUGUAAGGAGGAAACUGAAAUAAAUUUCUUACCCGGGACGCGACACGAAGAUGAUGCCACCUACGAAAAAGAACGCUAUCUCUACUUGAAUUUGCUGUAGGGCCAAGACAUUGAAAUCGCGACUGACAUUUAUACUUAUAAACACGGACCUCAGCCAGGUUCCUCCUGGCUAGGCAUAUACGCUUUUAAAAGCACGAUAUAUAAUUAUGCCCCUUUACAAUAAAGAGGCAAUAUAGAUAACAAUUAAUACUAAAUAAUAUUUAACUUACCCUUAAUCUAACACGCAUAAGAGGCGCUUGGUUGAAUAAGACAGGCCAGUACGGGACGGGAAUAAUCCUUGAUAACGUUCUUUCCAAAAUGUAAACCCACAGAGGUUCAUCACAGAUUCUCAUUAACAUAAAAUGUACUUUACAGUACUGUUUAGUAAGUACUCAAUCUGAGUCAAUAAAAUUGUAAUGAAUUGUAAUUUAAAACAUAUUAUCCAGAGUGAGGAUUUAUCUCCACAAUACAGGAAUAAAACAGUACAUUGUUGCUCAUAUAUAUACAAG